AUGGUCGCAUGUGUCAUAUUUUCCCUCGGCAUUGCCCUACAGACCGGGGCGUCCACCCUCCCCAUGUUCAUCGUUGGUCGCUUUUUCGCUGGAUCAGGCGUUGGGCUUGUAUCCACCCUCGUGCCCAUGUACCAAUCGGAGUGCUCACCGAAGUGGAUUCGCGGGGCCAUCGUCGCCUCUUACCAAUGGGCAAUCACGAUCGGAAUCCUAGUUGCAUCGGUGGUGGACAACGCCACAAAGGAUCGCGCCAACCAUUCCGCCUGGCGGCUCCCGAUAUCACUCCAAUUCAUCUGGGCGAGCAUCUUAUUUGUGGGUAUGAUGACGCUCCCCGAGACUUCGAGGUGGCUCAUCAAGACAAACCGUCGACACGCAGCUGCCCAGUCGCUUUCGCGUCUUCUAGGUGUGAACGAGGAUCACCCUGAUGUGCAAACGGAACUCGACGAGAUAUCGACGUCCUUGAACGAGGAGAAUGCGAUGGGCCAGAACACGUACCGGGACUGUUUUCGGUCGUCGCCCAACAAGAUCGCCCUUCGGACGCUUACAAGCAUUUCCGUGCUGUCUCUACAACAGCUAGCCGGCGUCGUUUUCAUCGGAUCAUGCAAGUCUCGCAUAUACGGAACCACAUUCUUCGCCAACGCCGGGGUACAGAACCCAUUCCUAGUUUCCGUUGUAGUAAACGUCGUGCAAAUGGCCAUGACGCUCCCCGGGAUCUGGGGCGUCGAACGUUUCGGGCGGCGCCCGCUCCUACUCUGGGGCGCCAUCACCAUGUCCGUCUGCGCGUACCUCAUCGCGAUCCUCGACGUCGCCACAUCGGUGCACAACCUCGCUCCGCAGCGCGCAGUCAUCGCGCUCGUGUGCAUCUUCUUCGCCGCAUACGCGUCGACGUGGGGCCCGGUGGCGUGGGUUCUCCCCAGCGAGAUCGUGCCGCUCAACGUGCGCGCCAAGGUCGUGUCGCUUUCGGUUGGCAUUCACUGGCUGUGCACCUGGGCGGUGUCCUUCGCCUCCCCGUACCUGGCUAACUCGGGGCCCGGGGACGCGGGCCUGGGCGCGAAGAUCUUCUUCAUCUGGGGCUCGACGACCGCUAUAGGCGCGCUAUUCGCACUAUUCUGCGUCCCGGAGACGAAGGGGCUCGCGCUCGAGCAGAUCGACGAGCUUUACCAAAACUCGACUCCGCUCACGAGCGCACGCUACGGGCGCACACUCGUCGCACAAGGCAGGGCACGCAAUGCAGCGCGAGGGCUCAUUGGCUCAGAAGAAGUUGGGGCGGCGGAGCUCGACGAGCAGGAAAAGGAUGACCUGCUUGUGAUGUCGAAAGAGCCAGUAACUUCUGAGCGACCACUCGCUGGCCUAGCGAUGGUCGUCUUCGCAUCCCUUGGUGGUACCCUGCAAGGCUACGACACCGGUACUAUCAACGGGAUUCUUCAAAUGCGCGACUGGCUACAGACGUUUGGGGACCCUGUCGCGGGAAGCACACAGGCUCAGUUAUCCAUCACAACGGCUAUGGAGUCUGUUGUGGUCUCAAUCCUGUCCGCCGGCACACUACUAGGAGCCCUGAGCGGUGGACCCACUGCCGACGUCCUCGGGCGCAGAACCGGUAUCAUGGUUUCAUGCAUCAUCUUCUCCCUUGGCAUCGCGCUUCAGACUGGAUCGUCCAACCUGCCCACCUUCAUCGUCGGACGUUUCUUUGCGGGCGCAGGCGUCGGUCUCGUGUCGACACUCGUUCCCAUGUACCAGUCAGAAUGUGCGCCGAAGUGGAUCCGCGGCGCCGUUGUAUCCUGUUACUCCUUGGCGAUCACGAUCGGCCUGCUGCUUGCGUCUGUGAUCAAUAACGGGACUAAGGAUCGUGCAGACCACUCUGCCUGGCGGAUUCCCAUCGCUGUACAGUUCAUAUGGGCGUCGAUACUGUUCGUCGGCAUGCUUUGGCUACCCGAGACUCCGCGCUGGCUUGUGAAAGAGAAUCGCCAAGCUGCGGCGGCGAAGUCGCUUUCGCGCCUCACGUCGCUGCCCAUGGACCACCCCUCCGUGCAAGCAGAGCUCCAGGACAUUCGCGUUGUGUUGCAGAUCGAGCGCGAGAUGGGCGAGAGCACGUACAAGGACUGCUUCCGCUUGAACCAGAACAAGACUGGUCUGCGCACGCUCUCGGGGAUCGUCAUACUCGCGCUGCAGCAGCUCACCGGCAUCAACUUCCUCUUCUACUACGGCACGACCUUCUUCGCACAUGUCGGCAUCCGGAACCCGUUCCUCGUCUCCGUCGCAAACACGAUCGUGAACAUGGGCAUGACGCUCCCCGGAAUGUGGGCUACCGACCGGCUGGGCCGCCGCCCACUGCUCCUGUGGGGCGGCGCCGCCAUGUCCGUGUGCUCGUUCCUCAUCGCGAUCCUGGGGGUGACCACUUCUGUGGCGGACAUCGAACCGCAGAGGGCGAUCAUUGCGUUGAUGUGCAUCUACAUCGCUGCGUUCGCAUCGACGUGGGGCCCCACGGGGUGGGUCGUCGUCGGGGAGAUCUUCCCGCUGAACGUGCGCGCGAAAGCUAUGUCGCUCUCGAUCGCCUCUCACUGGCUCUGGAACUGGGCAAUCUCAUUCGCAGCGCCGUACCUCGUGAACUCCGGUUCCGGAAAUGCCAACCUUGGCGUUAAAGUCUUCUUCAUUUGGGGUUCGACGUGCACCCUCGGAGUGCUUUUUGCAUACCUCUUCAUCCCUGAGACCAAAGGCCUAGCAUUGGAGCAGAUCGAUCUGUUAUACCAGCAUUCGACUCCUCGCACAAGCGCUAGCUACGGUCGAGGCCUUCUUGUCGAAGGCAGGGCUUUCAUGGAGCCGACGGGAGAGACAGAGGGUACGGAUGAGAAGCUAGAGGUUGGCUUAGGACUUUCCUCUGUCUAG